AUGUCCAGUCGGGAUAAAGAAGAAGAGAGGAAAUUUCUCCUUCAAUGUAUUGCAGUUUAUAGAGAGUUGCCAGCUCUGUGGAAAGUGAAGACAGAUGACUACUCAAAUAGAGGAAAGAAAGACUUGGCAUAUGAGAAGCUGUUGGCUAAAUACAGAGAGCGUUUCGAGAACGCCACGAAGGAAGACGUAAAAAAGAAGUUCAACGCUCUUCGAACAAAUUUCAGAAAGGAGCUCAAGAAGGUGAACGAUUCCAACAAAUCUGGAGCAGGCACAGAAGAACUGUACGAGUCGACCCUCUGGUAUUACGAUGCGAUGUCCUUCCUCCAAGAUCAAGAGACGCCGGCCAUGUCGAGGAGCACACUCGGUGAUCAAAAUGUGAGUAAACAUGCGUUUAUUGUAAAUUACAAAUGA